ACAUGCUACAAUCGCGGCCAUUUUGAUUAUUGGCAUUUGACUUGUUUUGAGUGAAAAAUUGUGUCACAAUCACAUUAAUUUGCGUAUUUAACGGCUAACGUAAUAUAAUUUGUCGAAGAACAAUUCAUUAAAAUCAUUUGUAAUACAAUAAACUAAUGAUCUGCUACCUGUAGUAAUGGUUUGUUAAAUUAACAUUACCUUGAAUUUUUUGUUGUGUGUUGAAUUGAAAAGUUGUGAGUUUUUGUCAAGAACAUGGAAUCUCCAAGACAAUCUGAAUCGGAUUCAUUGGAAUAUUGGAAGAAACAAGCUAAACAUUAUGAACAAAAAGCUAACGACAUACAACAAGAGUUAGAUGAGUAUACUGAAAACUCAGCCCAACUCGAAAAGGAAUUGGAAGCUUCUUUAGUGCAAGUGGAGAAACAGAACAGAGAUUUAGACCACCAAAAUCAACGACUUAAAAAUGAAAUCGAAUUGUUAAGAAAUAAAUUAGAGAGGAGUCAACAUGAGACUAAUGCAUUAGAAAAUGAACUACAGGCUUUAAAAAUGGAAAAAAACAAACAAGGUGUAUAUAUAAGGGAAUUAGAGCAAAAAAAUGAUGACUUGGAGAGAGGUCAAAGGGUAAUUUCAGAGUCAGUGUCAUGUAUAGAAACACUACUUAAUCAAGCAUAUGAAAGGAAUGCAGUUCUGGAAAGUGAAGUAGAUGAAAUAGAAAACUUGAGAGUCAAGUUGCAGAGAGCAACAGACGAAGCCAGAGAUCUGAAACAAGAACUCAAAGUAGUAGAUCGACCACACAAGAAGGAAGAUGGCAGCCCUUUCGAGAACGUUCCAAUGAAUGGACAUAUUUCAAAUACUUCACGAGUUGAAAUAGAAACACAAACGCUGUCAUCACCACAAAAACGUGAAAUAAAUGGUAAUGCGAUGACGCCGUCCGCCCGGGUUUCAGCCAUAAACAUUGUUGGUGAUCUCCUUCGGAAAGUUGGGCUUGAAAGGUUUCUUUGCCGUGAUUGUGGUAAGGUCAAAUGCUCGUGCGAAGUGCCUGACGCUGCCGCCAGCCCAGUCCUAACACCCGCCGAACCUGAAAUAAAGACUGAGAGACUUCAUGAAUGCCCAGAUCAAAGUGAUCAUGUAGAAUAUAGAAAGUUGAACCGCCAACAUUCGGGACCUGAAAAAACUGUCAAUUUACCAGAAAAACAGUCUCAUUUGACAAAUAGGUCAUCGGAAAAUCCUUUCGCGAGAUCUGGAGAUAACGGGAAGUUACGAAGAUCAUUUGCAGUUAGAUCCCGUGAAGGAAUUGAAAAUCUUUUCAGUUUUGCCAAAGCCAACAAAACAAAGGAAAUAAAGACAGAUUAUUAAAUGAAUUAUAAUGAUUGAAUAAAUUAUAAUACUACUUAUUUUAAGAUUUUACAGUGUGUAAUUAGAUUAAUAUUAUAAAUGAACAAAUCUUUAGGUAAUGUGAAUUUUCAUUUUACUGUCGGUACUAUAAACAAACAUGUCCAAAAUAAUAUUUCGCCAUUCAAGUACAUUUUGUUUAUUUUAGUCUCAGUUAUCGCUAUUGUUUUAUUUUUGUUUUUGUUUUAGUGAUAGUUUAGUUUGACAUAUGCGCUUUAAUAGGAUAUUUAAAGAAAUAUUGAUAUUUAUUGUCAGUAUGAGGGUCUUGGUCUUAUUAUUCUAUUGUACUUCGUUUUUUCACAAAUUAUGCAUUUAACAUUAUAAUUGAUUCUAGUAUGUACUUGAUUAUCAUCAAUUCUUUCAAUACUUGUCACAGACCUUUGUAAUGUACAUAAACUAUUUGUUUGCUUUAUAUGUUUCACCACUAUUAUAACCCUGUGUGUGUAAAUAGUACUAGUAGUCUAAAAUAGGGUGGCGGCUGUAAUAGCACAUUUUUCUUUCACGUACUAAUAUUAACAUCAUUCAUAUUGUUUACUUUCUUCAUUGUAGGCGUUGGAAUCAAAGUUAGCAUCGUGUCGUGGUACAGUUAGACCUAAAGAGCAUUCACCAAAUUCGAGCUCCGACGUCAAUAAGGACUACAGAUGUGUACUCAAGAACUAAAUGUCGCUGAAUAAAAUCCUAUCUCAACACGCAACUGUAGCUUGAUUAGCGUAAAGCUAGCUCAAGCACACAUGCCAAAUGCUAAAUAAGGUGUUAAUAUUAACACUCAAUCUAAUAUCUCACAAUCUUAGCUGCCGAGGCGGUCAUCAUUGUUAUAGUUCAUAUCCGUCGACAAGGCCCACAUUACUUGGCCAAUGGCAAGACGUGUAUUUAAUGAAAACUAAAGAGACAGUGAAUACUUUGUAAAUCCUCAUUCGUAUAAUGUAGCAGUCAGAAAUUCAAGUAACCAAUCACGAAUUUACCUGUCAUAUGAAAAAAAAUUCUAUGCACGUUACUAAAUAGCACUAUAUACGUGAUAUGAACUCUCGAUGACUCCAAACCGCUGAGGCAGGCAGGCACCACAAAAUGAGUGCGUGCGCAAUCAGUAAAAAAUACUCGUACAUAAGAAAACUAUACCUUAUUUAUCACUUGGUAUUAUAAAAAAGCUUUAUGGUUUUAAUCCUUGCUGAUAGUAUCUUGUGUAUUGUGAUCAUGAUCACAUUAUCCUAAUUUACUAAUGUCUGUGAUGAAAUAAGGAUAGUUAAGGAUUGGUAAAUUAGUGUUUGGCCUACCCACCGGAGACCUAGCACCGAUUGCACGAUUGAUUUCAUGUAGCAGCUUAAUUCACGUCACGUAUUGUGUCUGUUAGACAGACUAAAAUGUUCACAAAAAAACUCAGUUCAAAAAAAAAUCAGUUGACAAAAUUUUAAUCAUUUUGAUUGCA